CAAAAGAAUGACUAAUCUGGAGUCUGUGGCGCUGCGUUGAAACGUCUGGAUCUCAAUUGACAUCCACAGGGAAUCGUUCUCGCUGCACCAAAUGGCAACUUGUGCAGUUACCAAUUAUAACAAUGUGCUAGAAACUAAUUCGGAUUCGGAUGAUGAAGACAAAUUGCACAUCGUGGAAGAGGAAAGUGUUACAGAUGCAGCAGAUGGUGAAGGCAGCGUGCCAGAGGAUGACUUGCCAACAGCCCAAACAGUAUUACCAGAAGGCACGGCAAAGGGGAGCGGGACGAGCUGCUGGGACGAUGAAGAAGCAGUGGAUGGCAGCGAAAUCCUGGGGCCUGAUGCGGACGGAGUCGGAGGUGCAGUCAAAGAUGAAGAAUGUGAUUCUGAUGAAGAAAACGAACAAAACCAUGAUCCGAAUGUUGAGGAAUUCCUACAGCAAGGAGACACGGCAGUAAUCUAUCCGGAAGCACCGGAGGAUGACCAGAGGCAGGGCACACCUGAGGCGUCCGGUCAAGAUGAAAAUGGGACGCCUGACGCUUUUUCGCAGCUCCUCACCUGCCCGUAUUGCGAUAGGGGAUACAAACGCUACACGUCUUUGAAGGAACACAUUAAAUACCGCCAUGAAAAAAACGAAGACAAUUUCAGUUGCUCCAUGUGCAGUUACACGUUCGCUUAUAGAACGCAGCUCGAUCGUCACAUGACUUCACACAAGUCAGGAAAGGAUCAAAGGCACAUUACGCAGUCUGGAGGUAACCGUAAAUUCAAAUGCACAGAGUGCGGAAAAGCUUUUAAGUACAAACACCAUCUAAAGGAACAUUUACGGAUUCACAGUGGAGAGAAGCCAUAUGAAUGCUCUAACUGCAAGAAGCGGUUUUCUCAUUCGGGUUCAUAUAGUUCCCACAUAAGCAGCAAGAAAUGCAUAGGCGUAAUUCCAGUUAACGGACGGGCAAGAUCUGGUCUAAAGACCCCUCAAUGCUCUUCCCCUUCCCUUUCUGCUUCCCCGGGUAGUCCGGCCCGGCCACAGAUCCGGCAAAAGAUGGAAAAUAAGCCUUUACAGGAGCAGCUUCCAGUAAGCCAAAUUAAAACUGAACCCGUGGAUUAUGAAAUUAAGCCGAUCGUGGUCACGUCAGGAAUCAAUUGUUCGGGCACUCUGCAAAAUGGCGUCUUUAGCAGUGGAAGCCCUCUGCAAGCAACCAGUUCUCCUCAGGGUGUGGUACAAGCUGUUGUCCUACCAACGAUGGGGUUGGUAUCGCCCAUAAGCAUUAAUCUUAGUGACAUUCAAAAUGUACUGAAGGUAGCAGUCGAUGGGAAUGUUAUUAAAAUGUUAGAAAAUAAUCAUGCAAACAUUGCAUCCAAAGAACAAGGAACCCUCACCUCUGCAACAAUCCAGCAAGCGGGUCACUCGGUCAUUUCAGCUUUCAGUCUUCCCUUGGUUGAUCAAGACGGUACAACCAAAAUAAUCAUCAAUUACAGCUUAGAGCAGCCAAGUCAGCUUCCACUCGUUCCACAAAAUUUGAAGAAAGAAACGCCUGCUCCCGCGGAAAUUUGCAAGCCUGAGAAACUACCCGAGGAUCUGACUAUAAAAACAGAAAAAGACACCAAGUUUACUAAAGAAAGCACUUGCACGCUCCCCGACGAUCACCCGGCAGACAUCAACGCACUUCAAGAAGUCGAGCACUGUGGUCAGAAAAAGAGCAACCCGCUUCCCGCAUGUAGCAAAGUGGAGACCAUUAAAUCCGAGUCAAUGUCUGUGGAGAUCGGAGACGGGAAUCUUACUCCUAGUCAGCCACCCCAGAAAAAUCUAUUAUCUCUCCUGAAAGCUUAUUACGCUUUGAACGCACAGCCAAACGCCGAAGAGCUUUCAAAAAUCGCAGAUUCUGUAAAUCUAUCACUAGACGUGGUAAAAAACUGGUUUGACAAAAUGCAAAGCGGAGAAAUUUCCGUACACUCUUCUAGGCCGUCCUCUCCAAAAGCCGGAGAGAACGGCGUUUCCUUGGAGAACGGCACUGAAUCUAAAGAAGAAGGCAAAGUUAACAAUAGUCCAACUGACGUAAACAGUCCCCUGAAAAAGGAACCCUCCGAACCUUUAGCAAUUAAUGGCUCGACAAGUGUCCCAGCUUCACCCUUGCCACUAAACCUCUCUUCCCUCAAAAACUCAGAAGGCGAGGGGUACUCUGAUGGGGUACAAGAAGACCAAGAGAAUCAAGUAGAACCUCUUGAUUUAUCUUUACCAAAGCCGCAAGGGAACUUGGCAGAGAGACCUUCCGUAACUAGUGUUUACCAGAGCGGUGUUUAUUCUGUUCAAGAAGAACCCUUGAACUUGUCUUGUGUGAAAAAAGAGCCAACGCAAAUGGACAUUGUCGCAAAAUCAGAACCAGCUCUUAUUAUAAACCCAAGUGCCAAUCCUAUAAACAUUGCUAUUCCUACAGUCACUGCCCAGUUGCCGACUAUUGUUGCCAUUACCGAUCAGAACAGUGUACCGUGUUUAAGGGCGCUAGCUGCCAACAAGCGGACUAUUUUAAUUCCUCAAGUAACCUAUACGUACGCAACCACUGCUAGUCCUGCCGUUCCAGAACCCCAACAAAAGACCAUCCAAACCAAUGGAAAUCAGGAUGAAAGGCAGGACACAAGUUCAGAAGGCGUAUCAAAUGUAGAAGAUCAAAAUGAUUCUGAUUCAACUCCACCCAAAAAGAAACUGAAGAAGACGGAUAACGGAUUGUAUGCCUGCGAUCUGUGUGACAAAAUAUUCCAGAAAAGCAGUUCACUGCUGAGGCAUAAAUAUGAACACACAGGUAAGAGACCACAUGAGUGCGGAAUCUGCACAAAGGCAUUUAAACACAAACACCAUUUGAUCGAACACAUGCGUCUUCAUUCUGGAGAAAAGCCCUAUCAAUGUGACAAAUGUGGGAAACGAUUUUCACACUCCGGAUCCUAUUCACAGCACAUGAACCAUCGCUACUCGUACUGCAAGAAAGAAGCCGAGGAACGUGACGGCACGGAGCAGGAUGACCCAGGACAGGGGAACCUUAGCGGCGAGCACGUGGACUCCCAAGAAUCUCCAUCGCAGAUAGACUCUGAUGAGCGUGAGAGCAUCGCCAGGGAUGAAGACAGCGAGAAAGAGGAAGACGAUGAGAAAGAUACUGACGAUGGACAAGAUGACAAAGAAUGUGAUCUGAUGCAUGAUGUAGAAGAGGAAGGAACGGGAUGUGAGGCAGAACAAUUAGAAGGUACUUCGAAGGACGGGGAUGAUAAGAGUCUCGAGGAAGACGUGGAAAAGAAUGUUUCGGAGAAAGACGUUGCCCAAACUUAGCAGAUGUUUCUCUUAUUUUCCAGUAUGGAAAUGUCUUUUGAAAUUACAGUAUAAUGAAGUUUAUUCUAUAUUAUACAUGCUUUCCUCUGAAACACAGUACUUGUAUACUGUGAUUUCGGUUCACUACUGUGUUAAAAAAUCCAGGUGUGCCUGAAUCUCAAACGUAGAAAUUUUUUUCACAGCAAUUUUAAAAUUUAGUAACAACUUUGUUACAUGCAAGUUCAAAAAGUAUAUAUAUAGAGAGAGAGAGAAAAAAAUGACUCGGAAGCUAAAGUUAAUCAGGUUUUACCAAACCUACACAUUCUACUCAUACACAUCUGGAGACAUUUAUUUUAUCAGUAUUACGUUUCAUUGUGUUGGUUGAUUAGUUUGUACAUUUGGGAGAAAUUUUUAUCUUUUUUAUUUUAUUUUUUAUUAUUACAGUUACAUUUAAAGUCCGCUUCAGUAUUAUAUUUGAUGAAAAUGUGAGUUUUAUCUGCACUACAGAAUUCCUUUACAAAAGAAUGCAUGUUUUAACUUUUUGCAGUAUUUGUGGCAUGUUUCAGGCAUUGGCCACCUUUUGCCACUCAAAGAGUUAAACAUUAACUGCUACCUUUCCAAGUCCAAGUCAAGAAUAGAGGUUUGUAGUUCAUAUAGUUGGCAAACUAUAACCGACAGCAUAUUUUUAGCCUUAAAAAAGCAAA